AUGGCGUCGGAGUGGGAAAUGGCCGCCAUGGGGGUGGAGCUCGGCAUGGGAAUGGGCACGUACCACCACCACAACGCCUCCAGCAUCACCACCACGCCGAUGAGCAGUCACCACAGCGGCGCCGCCAGCUACUCCACGGCGCACCACCAUCAUUACUACGGGAUGCCGCCCAUGGGCGGCGACGCCAUGCGCGUGGACGACCUUCUCGACCUCUCCACCGGCGCCGGCGCCCACGACUUCUUCCCCACCGCGGCGGCCGCCGCGGCCACUGACAAGGGGCACCAGCACCACUCGGGGGCCAUGGGUGAGCCGUCACCCACCGCCAACUCGUCGGAUCACCAGACGUCGCUUCUCUCCUUCGCCGAUGAGUUCUACAUACCCAGCGAGGAAGCUGCCGAGCUGGAGUGGCUAUCCAAGUUCGUGGACGACUCCUACUCCGAAAUGCCGAAUUACUCGUCGGCGGCGCAUGCCGCAAUGGCGGCGGCUGCGGCUGCGGCUGCGGCUGCUAACGCGGCAGCAGGCAAUGGAGGAGGCGGCACCUCGGUCGGCGGUCAAGACAGCUGCGUCACCGCGGCGCCUGGCCGCGGCGCGCGUAGCAAGCGGUCCCGGGCCACCGCCGCGGCUGCCGCGGCGUGGCACUCCCUCGUGCCGCGCCCACCGUCGCAGUCGUCGCCAUCGUCGUCCUGCUCGUCCUCGGACUUCCCGUCGUCGAACAAGCCGGGCGGUGCACGGGGCGCCAACGGCAGCCGCGGCAAGAAGAGCCCAGCGGGCCCUUGCAGUCCCGCUGGGGCGGAGGUGGGCUUGGAGGGCGGCGGCGUGCGUCGGUGCACGCACUGCGCGUCGGAGAAGACGCCGCAGUGGCGGACGGGGCCACUGGGCCCCAAGACCCUGUGCAACGCGUGCGGCGUGCGGUUCAAGUCCGGGCGGCUGAUGCCCGAGUACCGGCCGGCGGCCAGCCCCACGUUCGUGCUCACGCAGCACUCCAACUCGCACCGCAAGGUCAUGGAGCUGCGCCGCCAGAAGGAGCUCAUCCUCAUCCGCGGAAGCCACCGUGACGCCGCCGCCGCCGCAGCUGCCGCGGCGGCGGCUGCAGGAUCCGGCGCCGGGCCGAGGCCGGAGCUCAUGUUCCGUGACUACGGCGUGUGUUAA